AUGCGUUUAGUUCUUGGUAUUGCGCUUUUGUUCUUUGGACUUUCAGUUCCUGGGGUGCACUGCAGCAGUAAUGAAUAUAUCAAGCUUGUAAGGAAGGGUACAGAUGCAACGAAAAAAUUGAGUGAGAACGAGGAAGCAAUGAGUAAAGCAGCUGAGGAUGCAUUUAUGUGCUUAGGAGAAGUUGUUGAUAAAGUAGCAGAAUCAAUUCAGAGUAUAAAUGGUGUCUUAGAGAAGCAUGCGAUUGUAUGCUUUGCCGAGAAAGACAAAGAGGAUAUUAAGAAGGACAUCGUGGAGCAUUUAGAUGGUAUGUCGCCCGAGGACGUGGUCAAGAACAUCAUAAGGUACUAUAAGGGUACGGGUGAUCCGUUUGUUAAGCUUUUUUGCAAAGGGCAGACUGCCAAAUUAUUUUCCAAGAUUUUCGCGUCACACUCCCCAUAUUUUUUAGACAAUUUAGAUAACAUUUGUGAGUCUUUAAGACAGCUUGUAGGGUUCAUAAAUCUCUUUCUCAUUCCGUUGAGAAAAUGUGGAGUAGGUUUGAAUGAAACCAAUAUCAUUACAUUUGAUUCAAUCAAAGAGGUUCGACCAAAGUUA